AUGGAAGACGACAAUUCGCCUCCUCCUCCUCCUGAACAGCAGCCCCCUCCACCACCAAGCCACACAGGCUCUCCUACGGACUUCUUGAAGGGCGUGGUUGGAAAACGCGUAAUUGUCAGACUUACCUCUGGUGUCGAUUACCGUGGGAUUCUUUCGUGCCUCGAUGGCUACAUGAAUAUUGCAUUAGAGCAGACAGAAGAACACGUCAAUGGGGCUGUUACAAACCGAUAUGGCGAUGCUUUCAUUCGGGGCAAUAACGUGCUCUACAUCUCUGCCGACGAGCCUCUGUAA